GCGCAGCUUCGUUGCAAACUGGAAAGGUGCCACACACCUGUGGACUUCCUCUUCGUAACGCGAGCCAGCCGCAGCGACCUGUGUGCGGCUUCGUUUUUUUUUUUUUUCGCCGCCGACAAACGCUCAUCAGACAGCUCGACCACCGCGCACUGCUGUGCGCGCUCUUGGCGUCCAGAUGACACAGCCGUCGGCAUCGGUGCCGUCGAGGUACCGUCGUUCUGCGGCGGUCAACGCCGGGUGCUCCUGCGCGGUAGCCACCACCGGUGCUCGAUCCUCUUCCUGAAGAGUGCGUGCGGCAGCCCCCGCGGCGCGCAGCGGUCCGUCGCUGUGGGAAAGGCGAGAUGCACCAGCGGCCGUGGUGGGGCCAUCGCGAAGGCCGUGAACCAUCGUCGCAGCCGAAGGAUGUGCGGCGCCCUGAAACGGCGACGAUCUCGUGCUGUUUGUUGUGCGUGAUGUGCGAAACGCGCCGACGACUACUGCCACUACGCGGGGCACGGGAAAUGUAGGCCGCCAUCGACGCUUCGCGACGCAGCACCUAUACGACCCAGCGUCACGUUUGUCAUACGAUUUUUUUUUUUUCCUGAGUGCCGUGCAUUGAUGGUUCCGUCAGCGGAUCUGCUACGCCUUUGGAAAGAAGCAUGGCCAUUGUGAAUUCCUUCGGAUGCUGCGAGCUCUUCACUGCCGGCGUCUGCAUCGGGGUUUACACCAUGAUUGUCUACCUGGGCGCCUUCAUAAUGGAGCUGUGGUGGAUCAUAGAGAACAAUGUCCAGCUGCCCGUCCCAGCGUACGUGCUGGCCGCCGGCUACUUCUCCAUCUUCUUGGUCUCCCUGUUCCUGCUGGCGGGUCUCUUCCUGAGGAAAUCAAAUUACCUGCUGGGUUGGCUCUUCGUGUCCGUGCUGUUCUUCUUCCCCGAGUGUGGACUGGCGCUCUUCAUGAGUCUACAGUACUGGAAACUGGACAGCAAGGGGAUCGCGGAGCUGACCUUCUACAUCGCCCGCGCAGUGAUGAACGUGGUGUGCAUCGUGUGCAUCCAGUCGCUGUACACCCAGUGGAAGCAGGAGAAAGCCGUCAUGCGCCGCCUGCAGAACCUGAACGUGGUCACCUCUUACCGGGACCUGGCGCCCAGCAAGAGCAACGGCUCAGCGGGACCCAGCGGUUCCGCGAGCAACGGCGUGGCCAGCGGCAGCGCCAGCCCGGGCGCCCAUCGUGCCAACGGCAACGCUGGCGGAGGCUCCAUGUCGUCCAGGUCUCGGUACGCGACGGCCGCCGACAGCGAGCCCACAUACAUCGUAGCACACAACUCGGCACUCAAGCGGAGCACCUCGUCCGUGUCCGGGCUCAUGGUGCGCGCCGUGGGCGGCGGGGGCCACCACCAGCAGGGCGUGUACAACGCCGCAUUCAACGGCAGCCUCAACGGCUGCGUGCUGGGACCGUCGGGCGUCGACUUCUACGCUCCCAACCCGGCCCUGUGGGCCGGCCCGAGCCCCAGGUCCGAGUUCGACGCCUCUUCGUUCGCCGACCUCGUUGCCCGCGGCGGUGGAGGCGGAGGACUGCUCAACGGUUACCGCAACAUGUCCCGCUCCACGUCGGAGUUGAACCGGGGAGAACCGUGGACGUCGAACGGUUCGGCCGGCGCGGUCACUGUUUCGCAUACGCCGCUGCAUAGUCCUGGCCCCGUGGACUAUGCGACGCAGAGCCUGGACCGACCCAAGUUCCGGCGCCAGGGUGGUCGCAACAACCGCUGGGAAGUGCUGGACGUGCGGGGCUUCGGUGACGUCACGCUGGAGCGGCUACCGGAAAGGCCCUUCCAGUACCUCAACAGGCCGGGCUCCGUGGUGCGCGGCAACGAGUCGGACACCAGCUCCAGUCACAGCAUCAGGGACAUUGCGCUGUGAUCUCGAGGACGGUGGUGAUUCAUUAGGUGCACGCAACAAGACCACGUGCAUGACGUGUGUGCUUUUAGCGACGCCAUUGCGCCUUGUUGCGUGUGUUGAUCUUCUUUCGGCGCCUCCCGAAGGGCUGCGGCUGCACGGGACCUCCGCUUGUUCUGUCACAUCAGAGAAAAGAAAAACUGCGGUGUGCGCGGUGUUGUAUGUCUGUGUGGCCGCUGUUACGCGUGUAACGUGCGGCUGUCAAGAUGUGUCGCCACAAAAGCAUGCGCGUGCAGUCGACGAGCGUUAUAAGCGUGUCGUCACUUCAACAAAGUGUAACCAGUUUCGGAGUACGUAUGGUGAGCUUAUUCGAGUCAUUGUUAUAGAGGAUACGAAUGGAAGUGAGUAACACGUACGUUCUUCCACCUUCCCGAUUCUAAUUCACGCAACUUCGAGAGAUGUCUCGUAUAAGUCAUCGUUACGGAUAUAUAUUCGCGCGCCCGCGACCUCUCUAGAAGUGUCACCAUCGGUCGGCAUGUACCGGCCGUGGGGCAGUCGCGUUCACUGCAGAAAACUUGACCAAAACUUUACGACACACCGAACGACGAUGAAGUGUUCGUUUCAUGUCUCUGCUUCUAUACAUGUGGAUUGUUUCGGCAUAGAAAUUUUAUCUACAGAGAAAAGCUUAGAAUGAAAUAUAGUAAACAAAGAACAAAAAAAAAACGCAUUUAUUUGAUGCAGACGUAUUUCACUUCAUGCCAAACGUACACGAUCCCGUUCCCGCGGUGAAAAGUCCACCCAGAGUUGCCAUCGAGGCUCGUCGCAGUUAAUUAACCCUACCUUUGUCGAGGUCCAAUCUCUUGCGCAGCUAUGAUUUAAUACCUUGCCAAAAAAUAUAGAGAUAGAAUUAAAUGAAGCCAUUUUUUUAUAUUCGCUCAUUAUUACGUUGCUUUCAACAAAGCAGCCAGUUAGUGCAAUUUUAACCACUGCCACGCUCAAACAUGUGCAGUUACUUCAGCUUGAGAAUCGCUGUCAGCUUUACACAUCCGUUACUUCGUACAAUUGCCCCUUGCCAGGCAGACAAUGGGGAGUUUUAGAGAUAGUGCCCUCAGACGGUUUUGCGUAACCCGAAACCUCAAGAGUCAAAACCCAAACAGCUUUGUACGUCUUUCGCGUUUCGUUGCACUCACUUUGCAUUAUUUCGCAACCGUGGCCGAUAUCGUGUCCCAAGUUGUACGGUCAAAUACUAUCUCUAAAACUUUAUCAUCUGCACGCCUUUGACGUCAACAACGCGCACCCGCUACAAUGCGAUAUUGUCCGUACCCAUUUUCUUAAGUACCUGCAUACCCCGCUUUGAAUUUUUUAAAGUUUUAACGACCUGAACGUUUUUUUUUUUCUUAGCAGUCAUACACAAAAUGGAAUGUUUCUUAACCAAAUGAACUAAGUGGACUAUAAGAAACAGGCUGCAUUCCAAAGCUUCCAGAGGUGCUUAACAAGAAAGUACUUGUCAUGCCGGCCGGAUGAAGGGCGUUGCAGGUUUCCAUAAGCCAUCGUGAGUUUUAGUAUCCCUUUUUAGUAUCCCGGUACAAUAAUGUGAAGGCCUCUUAGUUGUAUUAGUACAAUUACGAUGAAUUAACUUGAAAUACAUGUACUUUUGUCGUGUAAGGAGGCUUGUCAAGCGAUAAAAAAAAAUUCAGUAUCGAAAUAUUGGCGGCGGCGCCAUCUUGGGAGCUGAGCGCGCACGGAACCUUGCCGUGACGUCGUUCCUGCCGUCAUAGGUUUUUGCCGUCACCUUCUCAGGCCUCUGGGUAAAUCUCUAAGAUGUUCUGCGUUGUGUUCUAGCUGCAUGAGCCAAAGAGUGAAUAUAGCAAGUUUACGUUUACGCAUUAAUUACCUAUACCCAAUAGCAGCCACAGCAUGAAGAUACACUGAUCAUUCCGUGACACCACACUGACGUAACGAAUGGGGGGGUUGCGGCGCUGAGUUUAAGGAAAAAAAAAAAAACUGAAGCUGCGUUUUUGUUUUCUCUUAUAGCAUAUAGUCAACGUCUUACCGCGAAAUUAAGAAAAAUAAACGUUUCGAAAGGGAACAUUGUUAGUAUAAGCUGUUUAAUAUCCCUUCAAGUGAUCGCCACUAAAGCAAUGCUUUGUGUAGAUACCAUUCUUGCCUUCUGUACAUACAUAUCACAUUGUCCUUUGUCGGGAUCUGUUCGCGAUGAGGCGACUUUGCGAGCAUUUAUAAUUUUAACCAUGUGCGUGUGUGCGUGUGUGCCAAUGACACGUUUUGUGUAUUUAGAUGAUGAGACGUGUGUGAGUGAGCACAUGUUCAAGACAGCAAACCAACUUUAUUUUGCCUAGUUAUCCCUUUGCAUUUGAUCAUCCCAUAUGACUCCAUCGCACCAUUUGGCUCGCGUCUGUUUGCUGCGAUGUAUACCUUUGUUCUGGCACAUCUCGACGCUUUCUUUGCUUCGAUCGUUUUCACUCGGAUGAGGAGCUUUUAUGAAAGUGCACACCCGUGUGCAGUUAGUCGGUUUUGCGCGACGCAAAUAUUAAUUAGGCUUAGCAGAGUUCAUACUAAUAAGCCAUUACAAACCAGCUCACCUUUCCGUUUUGGUUAUCGUAGUUGUUCUUCGGUCAGUUUGUUAAAUCUGAAAGCGAUAUCUGUACCGUGAUGACCACGAACACAAGAAAGAUAACACAAUGAGCUCUUUUUUUUUUUUUCUGCCUAACGUGAGGGAUUUGUCGCAAGGAAUAUAUAGAACAUAAAUGUAUGAAAGUGGCGUCAUAUGGACGCGUUCCCCCUCCCCCCUUUACUCUCCUCUUUGAUCAAUGUACUGCAGUAGCAGGGGCGUAGCCAGAAAUUUUUUUCGGGGGGGGGGGUGGUGUUCAACCAUACUUUAUGUAUGUUCGUGCGUGCGUUUGUACGUGUGCGUGUAUACAUAGGCAAGCAAAAUUGGAAAAUUUCGGGGGAGGGGGGUCUGACCCCC